AUAAAGCGCAGCGGCACACAAUCGGCAGUAGUACACCUGUCACCUGCGCAACAUGAAGUACUUCGUCGUAUUCGCCAUUUGCCUCGUCGCCGUGCAGGCGCUGACAGAUGAACAGAAGGAAAAGCUAAAGAAGCACAGGAGCGAGUGCCUCGCGGAGUCCAAGGCUGUUGAGGAGCAGGUCGAUAAACUCAAGACCGGAGACUUUACCAAUGAGAAUGAAGAUCUGAAGAAGUACACUCUCUGCUUGAUGGUAAAGUCUGAGUUGAUGACCAAGGAUGGAAAGUUCAAGAAGGACGUCGCGCUCGCUAAGGUUCCUAACGCAGCUGACAAACCCACAGUAGAGAAGCUGAUCGACGCCUGCCUCGCUAACAAGGGCAGCACUCCGCAACAAAAUGCGUGGAACUACGUCAAAUGCUACCAUGAGAAAGACCCUAAGCAUUCCAUCCUCAUCUAAAUCAAAAUACUACUGGAAACAAACACUGCCAUGGAUCUGAAUACCUUAAAACAACUAUUGUAAUGUUAUCAAUAGAUGUUUUUGUUACUCGUAUGUCAGUAUUGUAAUUUGCCUUUAAUAAUUCUCCAUUUGUAGACCACCGUUCAUCUGCAGUGUCAAUAAAUUCUGUUUAUAAAAAUUA